UCGAGGCUUAUCGUACACCGUGAGGACGCGUCUGUGGAUGGAUGUGCGAACGUCUCAACGGUCUCUACAUCACAUCGCUGUCUUUCGAGCCUGAACACACUCCCCACAUGAGCAUCCCGCCACUGCAGCAGAGAUAUCCGCCACCAUGUGCAAGGCGACAGACAUAGCUACUGCACAUGAAGCUGUAGAUGUCAGAGAGCGUCACAAGACUCCAUACACAACAAUACUGCACAAGAAAAGGCACCCGACCAACAGCAUGAAGCAGCCAUGAAACCAAUGAAAGAGGCAGCAAGCAGCAAGAGGUCAUUCCUUCCUGUGUUGUGCCUGUCUGUCAGCCGCCGCCCCGCCAAGGCACGCAGUGAGUGACAGGCCUCACUCACUGUGUUCCUUGACAAGAGGGCGGCUAACAGCCAGCGCAGCAACACGCACCACGCGGCCACACCAAGGAAAGCACCAGAGAGAAAGAGAGAGAGAGAGAGAGGGACAGAGAGAGAGAAGGCGUCAUCUGACGUCUCGGUUGUACUUGGUCAUGGUCUGCCGUAUCAUCCGCAUCAUCUCGACAUCCUGACACCAAAACACACACACACACACACACACACAUGCUGCCUCCCUACCCGGCUGGCUGACUGACUGACUGCCUGACCUUCUUGUAGUCGUAUGUCCUGGCCAGCGCGUCCUCGGGCAGCGUGUCCUUCGGGCCAUCGGCCUCUGCACAAACAAACGCACACGCAGGGGGAAACAAGCGGCCAUCCAUACCUACUUUCUGUGUGGGUGUGAGCCGCCCCCGUCUCACGUACUGUCUUCAUAGUUGAUGAUCCUCCGUUUCUGCACAAAAACAGGUCAGUCGUAUCGCACCAAGCCUCAGUGUGUGUCUGGCUGGUCAACGCUUAUCCGUUGUCGGCCCACCGAUUCUGGCCAUGGGAUGACGGUCCCUGUCUUCUUAGAGAUGCGCACUGAUACAUAAGGGGGGAGAGGAGGGAUGCUUCCGAUCAGAAACCAUUUGCCCGCCAUCUCACCUUUCUGCCCGUCAUCAGUGUACCGCAGUGCCACUCUCGUCGUCUCUCUGCAACACACACACACACACAGAUGCAGAGAUCAUGGGCGUAUCGACCGCUUGGCGGGCAAGUGAUGUGUGGACCUGAGGACAGGGUCGAGGAGCAGCACAUUGGAGUAGUGGAUCUUCUUCUCAAUGUAGAUCCACUUGUUCUGCCAGAAGAUCUUCCGCUGAACACCAGACACACACACACACACACGGGCGACACAGGGUCAAGAAACCAUGGAGGCCUUGCCCGUCUUCCCUUUUCCAAGCUGACCAGGUUGCAUCCCUUGACCUUGACCUGGUUUCUGAGCGCAUCGGUCGCCAGCACCUUGCCCGUCUUGCCCUUCUCCUUACCCAUUAUCACGCCAACCUGAACACACACACACAAACAUGCACUCACUCACUCCCACCUGAGUGGUGCACCACCCCGCUGGUCCUUCGAAUCUCUCACCUCAUCCCCCGGUUUGAUCUUCCAGUGUCUGAUGAUGUUGCGCGGCUUCACCAUCUUCGGGCCGCGGGCAUCCCACCGCAUGUAAGGGGCCGCGCCGGGAUGAAUCAGGCAGACUGAGAGGGCGGGGUGGGCAGAUGGCGGGGCUGCCGAGGACGUGGCUGAGGCCGACAGGCAUCCUGCAGUGGCAUCAGCAGCACUGCUCGUUCCUCUCACGCCUCUCGUUGCAGCACGGAACAUCGGGCAGUGGCAGCAGCAGACGGUCAGUGGCACACGGCGGCCUCUCUCGCCCGCUCGUGUGCUCUUCUCUCUCC